AUGGCAAAAUCCGCAACCUUCCGGUUCGAGAUUCGGCCGCUAUCGGCCACGGUAGCAGCGAAACCCGUCCGCAGUGUGAAAAGCGCCUCCGCGACGCUACUCCGUCCGGUUCCGGCGUUUUCGAUCGAAUCGCUUCAGAAGAACACCUUCGUAAUGGGGCCACCGAAGGCGCAGAAACAACGGUACAUGAUACAACCAAAAGCGACAUCGUUCCGGAUGUACUACGAGCGGGGCGAUCUGCCGAUCAAGAUGGAGUACCUGACCGGGGGUGAUAAGAUCGCCUGGACGGUGGACAUCGAUAAGCUCGACUACGGGCUCUACCUGCCGCUGUUUUUCGACGGGCUAUCGGAAACACGCCACCCGUACAAAACGUACGCCCGGCAGGGUGUUCAGGACCUGCUGGCUCACGGAGGUGACAAGAUCUAUCCCGUCAUUCCGCAGCUAAUUAUUCCGAUUAAGAAUGCGCUGAACACACGCAACGUGGAGGUGAUGUGCGUUACGUUGAAAAUAAUUCAGCAGCUCGUGAUGUCGUCCGAUCUGAUUGGGCCGGCUCUCGUACCAUUCUACCGUCAGCUGCUGCCGAUGUUUAACGCGUACAAGGUGAAAAACAUCAACUCGGGUGAUGCCAUCGAUUACGGCCAGAAGAACAACAUGAACGUGGGCGAUCUGAUCGACGAGACGCUGCAGGUGCUGGAACGCCACGGUGGCGAGGACGCAUUCAUCAACAUCAAGUACAUGGUCCCGACGUACGAGUCAUGCUACCUAAAUUAA